CGCCAAGCUGAUUGGCUGAAGUCCGGCAGCUCUGUGCAAACGGCCAAGGUCUCCAGGUAGAACGCCGAUUGGCUGUGACGCGACAGAGCCGCCGGCAGGAGAGCGCGGCGAUUGGCUGGGACCGCGCUAUAUAGCGGAGAGGCAGGCGACAGAGCUGUACCUUGUGCGCUGUGGGGCUGGGCGCUGGAUCUCGUCAUCCACCGGCUUCAUUGAUUAAUUUAAAUAAUUAAUCAGCAACGUCUUUAAUGAUUCGGCUGCGAAUAAUUAAUUCCCACCGCCAUUAUCUAUGUUAGCUUCUAAUUAGCUUAACAUUAGCAUAAUUCAUUGUCUAUUGACACCUACAGCAACACUAGUUUUGUUAAUUACUUAAUUUGUUAAUUAGUAUUGCUGAUUAGUUAAUCAACAAUUCCCCUACUUGUUUUCCCAUUAGCUGCUGUAUUUGACUGGGGUCCCUGGUAGCCCUUAUACAGCCGCUCUGUCUUGGCUUUUAAUUAGUUAGCUGUUUAUUAGUUCCAGUUAAUUAAUUUGCUUAAGUAAUUGUCACUAAUCCUCUCCUUGUUUAUUGCUAAUCGUCCUAUUAACCUUUCAGCACUUGCUAUUAAUUGCCUUCUGUCUUAACGAAUAUUAAUUGUUUGUUAACCCCUGUUGAUUAUCCCAGUUAUGAACCCCUGUUAAUUCUUGGGGUGCUGGGUAACUAUUGUCACUCUUAAAAGUUUGUUAUCUCUCAUUUAGUAUUGUGGUUAAUUCUUCAUUCCAUCACAUUCAUUAAUUAGUUAUUGAUGUGUUUGUAUUAAUAUUAAUAUUCCUAAUAUUAUUAUACAAGGUUAUUUAAUGUUCAUUUAUAGCCCUGCUUGUUCCUAGUCUGCAUCUUGAAGGAGCACAUCUUGUCAGUUUAGCCCUUUUAAGUUCCAAAGUCCUCUCUUGCCUCCUUUUAAUUAGCCUCAAUAAGGCCAACAGCUUAAUAUUUAAUAUUCUAGUUCAUUCAUCUCCCCUCCACCUCAUUAGGGGAGGGAGGUUUUAACUGUCUCCAUUACUAAUUAAAACCCCCACCAGUCACUUUUCACCCCUUUUUGGGGGUCUUUCCUGUCCUCAUCAUCCCCCGACCCGCUUUGCUAAGUGUUUAGUCUGGGUGUGGGCUCACUGGUCAACCUCAUCGACUGCCAUGUUCUACUACCCCAAUGUGCUGCAGCGCCAUAGAGGCCGCUUCGCCACCAUCUGGCUGGCGGCGACAGGUGGCACAAAGCUGGUGAAGAGGGAGUACCUGAAGGUGAACGUGGCCCAGACAUGCCAGGAGAUCCUGGCGUUUGUGCUGGUGCAGGUGCCGCCCCCAGUGCCUGGAGCGCCCCGGCCCCGCUUCUCGCUCUACCUGUCAGCCCAGCUACAGUAUGGCGUGGUGUGCGUCUACAGCCGCCAGUGCCACUACCUGAUUGAAGAGAUCCAGCAGACCCUGGAGCGCCUGCAUCGCUCCCAGCAGCAGAUCCGCAUCGACAUGGUCGACCUGGAGCAGCCAGGGCUGCUGCUCCCUGACAACCUGGCAGCGAUGGAAGCCCUGGAAGACGCACCUGAGCCCUUCUUUGGAGUGAUGGAGCCGCCCUUGCCCAGCCCCCGCUGCAUCCCCCAGAUCCGCCAUCUCCUGGAGGCCCCAACGCCCGAGCGGCCUCUCCCACAGCCGCCCUCCUCCCCACUCACAGUGUCACCUGAAGCCAUCACCCUGAGGGAGCCCGAGCCCAUCACCCUGCUGGAGAUUGAGGGUGAGCAAGAUCUGCCCGAGGUGACAGCACGGGAACUGGCCUUACUGGCACAGCUGGAAGAUGAGGCCCUGCUGCCUCCCCCGCUCCCCCCUGAGCCCCCCAAGGAGCCCGAGGGACUUCCCCAGCCUUCCUCCCCCACCCGGCUGAGCCCAGAGCUCCCAGCUCCAGUUCCCCUGGAGAUGAGCCCCAAACUGGAGCCCCACUUGCUACCCCCUGCCAGCCCCCCAGCCCCCCGGCCCCGGCCCCCGCCCAGCCCUGAGCUGGAGCUGGAGGCCUACGAGCUGCCCCGGCGUGCCCGGCGUCAGCUGCUGUUUGACACAGAGACCCAGAUCCCCCGUCAUGAGCUGCAGCGCCAGCUACUGGAUCCCCAGGUCCACUGCCAGCCUCUGGUGCUGCUGAAAGCCCCGGGCCUGAGGAGGCAGAGCCCCGCUGAGCUGCUCAAUGCCCCCACCUAUGGCUGGAUGCCCCCUGAGCUGCAGGAGUUGUGGCAGCGCUGCGCCCACUUGCAGCAGGUUGACUAUGCAGGGCUGCGGGAGGCCGAGGAGCCUCGGGCCGAGCCCCCCAGUGAGCUUGAGGUGCUGCGGGAGGUGCUGGAGCCCAGCCUGCCACCAGCCGUGUCCUCAGAGAUCUCGCUGGAGACCACUGAGGAGGAGCCGGCACGGCCCAGCCUACUGCCCCCUGAAGAGCGGAGGCUCCCCACAGAGGCCGAGGCGGUGCUGCCAGUGGUGCCCGAAGUGUCCGAGCUGACCCUGGAGUUGCCCCCUGACAAGGAGGCCCUCACCCUUGCCACCCUACACAGGUGGGUUGGGGCAGAGCUGGAGCGCAUGACGUACGUGGACUUUGCUGCCCUGGUGCCUGCUGGGGCCUCACGGGCCAUCGCCAGCCGUGUCUUUUCCUUGUGCCUGGAUCUCUGCAGGCUGCAGCUGGUGCACCUGGAGCAGGCCCAACCCUAUGGCCCCAUCAUGCUGUAUCCUGGUGCCCGCUUCCAGCCCAGGUGACUGGGAGCACUGGGCAAACUUGUCUCCAGGGGCUUGCUGCUGUCCCAGGUGACACCCCACUCCCAUUAAAGUGUUAGCUAACUGUUGCUGGUUCACAAGAGAACCCAGG